UGUAUUUAUCAUGUUAAAGGGACUGUCAAAAUGAAAACUUAAAACCUCGAUAUUAAAUUAAAAAGUAAAAUAUAUUUAGAAUCUACAGACCGGGAAAUAUUAUUGCCAUUAAAGGAAAAUGCGAACACCCCAUUACGACAAAAUUAAACGAAAAUACCACGACAUGAGUAAUGAGCGAAAAUAUCUGUUGGACCCGAAAUAUAUGACAAAACGUGACCUCCAAUACUAUUACCGAUACUAUCACAGCGCGGAUAAACGUCGACUUCAUUGUAAAAAAAUCAUAUUUAUUGUAUUGUGUGUGUGUUUUGUCGCUUAUCUUUUUGUUGAUUAUAACAUUCGUACAAAAAUCAUUAAAUUUCGUGAUCGUUUCGAGUUUUUGGCUCGAAUUGAUGCCGCAUAUAACGUUAGUCAAACGUAUUUUGUAAACACUCCAGGUUGUCACAUUCCACACUUUGAUAUGAAUAACUAUCGUUUAAUGCAAUAUAUAAGAUCACCCCAAAAUCUAACUUGUAAGAAAGCUAUAACCCGAACUAGCGAAGUGGGUUCACGUUUGUGGUGGACCAUAACCGACAAAGAAUUAAUGUAUUAUUAUAAAUUAAAUGAUACAAGCAACAUCGAUUGCCACUAUAGUCCACUGAAACACAACUACAAAAUUUCAAACAAUAUAUUCGGUGAUAUAGUUCCAUUCAAAUUGCUUUUCAACCAGUCUAUUGAAAUUGCACCCGAUAUAGAAUUUAUUCGUGUUCGUUGCUCAGACAUAUAUAGGCAAUACUUCUAUGAAGACUACCACUUUUUUGCCGUAAAUAAGACACAACAAAGAAUGAGUUAUGCUGAGAAAAAGCAGAAAAAUAAAAGGUUAAAAAAAGCUAAUGAAAAUGAAAACCCUAGCGGCUACUUACACGAAAAGGACAAUGAUAUAAGUGAGCCUACCCAAAAGCUUUCUGUAAUGAUUAUAGGAAUUGACAGUGUAUCACAUUUAAACUUUUUACGAUAUAUGAAGCGUUCUGUGGAUUACAUUCGAAAGCGCUUAAAUUAUGUAGAAUUUUGGGGUUUCAAUAAAGUGGGCGACAAUACAUAUCCCAAUCUAAUUCCACUUCUUACUGGGCUUGCUGCAGAUGAGUUCAAAUUAGCAUGCAUGCAUGCAAAGGAAUUACAUAAUAUCGAUUGUCCAUUUAUAUGGAAACGAUUCACAGAUGCUGGAUAUAGGACUUCUUUCCUCGAGGAUGUCGCUAGAAAUAGUCUUUUCAGUAUGGACAAUAUUUUCAGCCAUCCACCAACUGACUAUUAUAUACGACCCAUUGUCAAGGAAAUGGAGAAUCGUGUUGGUUAUUAUUACUCUGUAAGCCUGAAUUUAUGUAUGGGAGGACGACGCACGAUUGAUUUGGUACUACAAAUGAUUCAUAAGCUGACACCAUUCCUCAAAAAAGAGAAUUUCUUUUCAUUCUUUUGGCUUGCGUCCAUGACCCACGAUUUUAUAUAUAUGCCAAAAUUACUGGAUAAUGAUUUUGUUGAUUUAUUUGAACGUUUUCAAAAAACUGAGGUUUUUAAUAAAACAAUAAUUCUACUGCUGAGCGAUCAAGGCUUACGCUGGAGCUCUUUUCGUCGUACAUACCAAGGCAUGAUGGAGGAACGCCAACCACUACUCAUAACCAUUUAUCCGUCAUGGUUUAAGCAAAGGUACGCCGAAGCUGUUGCUAAUUUGGAAAUCAAUGCCAAUCGUUUAACAACUUUCUAUGAUGUGUACGCAACAAUUUUAGAUCUACUUCAUUUACAUAACUUAGAACCAUCAAACCUAAAAGCACGCUCUAGGGAGCUACACGAUUUUGAUACAAUUCCCAGAGGUAUCAGCUUAUUUCUUCCAGUGCCCGAGACACGCACUUGUGAAAACGCGGGAAUUGCUUCACAAUGGUGCACAUGUUAUCAGCGAACCGAAUUGCAAACAAAUGAUGGGCGAGUACAGGAAGCGGCGCGUUAUGUGGUCAAACUGAUCAACGAACAACUGAAACCGUAUCCGCAAUGCAGGGCAAUAUAUUUAAACUCAAUCAUGGAAGCAGUUUUGUUAACACCACAUCAUACUAUUGUCAAGGACAUUAAUAAUGAUUAUGAUAUCGACAUUUCCUUACGAUUACAAACUAAACCCGGAUUGGCAGUAUUCGAAUCAACUGUACGUAUAUCAGGGUACACAAAGAAGCUUACCGAUACCAUAAGUCGACUUAAUUUAUACGAAAGCCAAAGCUAUUGUAUAAAUAAUGAAGCUCUUAAAAUGUACUGUUAUUGUCACAGAUAGAAAAACAAAAGUAAAGCUAUUAUAAAAUAUAUCAAAAACAACUUAAAGCAUACAAUAAACGUUUAUAGCAUUUCUUUAAAAGAACAGAAAAUAAGACAAUUAGUAUUUAAAUACGACCUUUGCAGUUUAUUUAUUAAAAUACAUAUUUUAUUAAUCAUCUGACAACAUUUAAAUCAACAUAUUAUCGUAUCCGCCACAGUAAAAAUUAAAAAAUUAAAACAAACACAAAUUGAGACAAGUACAUAUAUUGCGUAUAUGUAUCUAUAAAAUAAUAUCAGACUCCAAAAUCCAACAAUAAUAUGUAUAAUUAAACAAAAUGGAAAUAACAUAAAAUAUUACGUACUCACAUGUGUACAUAGUGUUUUUAAGUGAUUUUAAUCUGAAGAGGAUGAAGAAAUGGUAAGCAGCAGAUCACUGUCAUUAUAAUAUUUCGCUGAUAAGGAUGGACAUGGCUUCAAAAAAUUGUCCAACCUUGUUUGUCUUGAACUCAUGUAUAUUGAUGUUAGCUAUUUAGAUACAAAAUGAUCUGUCUCUUCAUCAAAUGCGGUUAUGCGGUUAUGCGGUUAUGCUUGCAGCUUGGUGCUCUUCAUAUGAAAGGGAUUCCUAUCUGCUUCAAGCAGAUCAAAUCUUCAAAGCCGCCAUCAUGUGCUAAAUCCAAAAUGUUUUGCUUAAUUUCAGGGAGGAAAUUAACUUUUGCAGUACUUAUUACACAUUCUGGUUAUAUUUUUUCCCAACAUGAUUCAUUGUUGAUUGCAUUCUUGAUGUUAUAUUUUUCCAAAAUGUUUAUUUGAAGAUUUAAGUCGAGGUUGGAUCAGAGCUGUUGUAUUUUUCGGAAGGUACUCAAUCAUGGCAACAUCGGAUUGGAUCAGAGCUGUUGUAUUUUUCGGAAGGUACUCAAACAUGGCAACAUCGGAUAGUUCGAAUAAAUUAGUACGAUGUCCUGGUACAUUAUCCAAAACUAGCAAAUAUUUGUUCACAUCUGUAUAAAAGUGAUUUUUGAACCAAUCCUCAAAAGUAGCUUUAACAAUCCAUGCUUUCUUGUUGGAUCUCCAUAUGACGGGUAAUUGAUUUAUAUUUUGUCCAAUGUACAUAUAUAAAAGUGGACUUAAAAUCACCAUCAGCAAAUAGCAAAAUUUGUUGGCGUUAAAUAAUUCGCCGUAUAUCGAAAACAUGCCUAUAUUCAAGAAAACCGUAUAACGAGCGGUCGUAUAGCAAGGUAUGAAUGUACUAUUAGGUUAUAUAUAGUAUAAACAUUUAACAGCGGUUGUCGCAUGCCCAAAAUAAUUUUUAAAACAUAAUAGUAAACCUUUACCUUUAUAAUCAUGCUAAAUUCAGACCAUAACAUCAAUUUAUAUGGAUUUUCCAAUAGAGAUUACUUCAUUAUCAUUUGAAGGAUUUUUAAAUAUAUUUCUGAAUUGUAAUUAUUCUUAAAAUGCAUCGUAUGCAGUUAUCGUGUCAGACAUGGCGUAUAAUAAGAUAUGUAUAGGUUCAUGUUGUAAUUGCAGUACCUGCAGAAAUUAGGCUAAUACUGCAAACUGCAAAUCUUUUUAUCAAGAGUCGCUCAUUUGCAUAAAAAGCUCAAACUAUCACUAAGUACUUUUGAAUCAUAUUGUAAGAAAUGAGUGGAAGCUAAUUUUUAAUCCGAGUUGUUUUUAUACUUUAUACCCUUUGAUUGUUUUAAUUUUGACAACAAUCAUCUCAUUGGAGCCCACAUAUUUUAUUCUUUAAUAUAAUAUACAUUUUAACAGCCACAUGGACCCGUGAACCAAAACUAUGAUUCAAC